AUGGAGGAGCAGCUUCUCCUCUCUGCUGCAGAGGGAAACUGCGCGGAUGUUCAGAAGAUCCUCCAGUCCAGGAUCCACCAGGCAGGAUCCUUCAGCAUCAACUGCAGAUCCAGGAGCCAAACCAGCCCGGGAUGGACUGCUCUCCAUCUGGCCUCCAGCUCUGGACACAGGGAGGUGGUGGAGGAGCUGCUCAAGGCAGGUGCUGAUGUGAAUCUGCAGAAUAACGUAGGCGACACGCCUCUGCACAUAGCUGCACGUACUGGAAAAAAGGAGAUUGUUCUGCUGCUGCUGCGUUACGACGCCUGUGCCAGCAUCAUCAAUGGAACGGCUCAAAUCCCGAAAGAUGUCACAGAAGAUGAUGAAAUCAUUACCAUGCUGGAGGCGGCAGAGCGAAGGGAGACGAGGCGGCGGGAGGAGAAGCUUCUGGAAGCAGCCAGAGAGGGAGAUCUCACCACCCUGUCCAAAUUGCUCAGCGAGAAAGAGGCUCCAGAUAUCCACUGCAGGGACUCGGUGGGCAACACGCCCCUGCACUGUGCGGCCUACAGGGGGCAGAAGCAGUGCGUGGUGAAGCUGCUCAAGUGUGGAGCCAAAGCUGACAUCAAGAACAACAACGGACAGACGGCUUUCGACCUGGUCCGUACUGAUGAGCUGAAGCACCUUCUGGCAGCUUAUCAGGAGAAGGAUGUGACCGGAGGAGUGCCGAAGAUUGAAGGCGCUCUCUGGAAGAGUUCUCGCUUUCUCGGCUGGAGAUGCCACUGGGUUGUACUCGAGAACGGAACAAUCUCCUGGUACCCAAGACAAGCUGAUGCUGUGGCUGGAGUUAGAAAGCAAGGCAGCAGGUCCCUGUCCCAGUCGUACUGCAUGGUCAAACCGUGGGAUAAUUGCUUCUUCAUGCUCAGAUGCUUUGAUGACACUGUGCAUUAUUUUAAAGUCCCAUCAAAGACCGACUCGGUGACAGCCAGAAAGAGAUGGAUGGACGCGCUGGAGAAGCAUGCGUCUUACAGCACUCGCCACUGCACCCAAGAGGAGCUCAUCGAUGAAGUGACGGGCGACGGCCCGGCAGAAAUGGGGAACCUGACACAGGCCUUUCAGGCAGCCCGCGCCUGCCAGCAGAAACUGGAGGCUGAAGUGUCGAUAUUUCUCUCCAUGGUGAAGAACGAGGAGAACUCUGCCCUGGCUGCGCCUCUUCUCCUCAAAGCCAGAGAAACCAGUGAACUCUCCAGUGAAACCUGCAGCGCUCUGCAGACGUGUCUGGAGCUGCUGACAAAACAGGAGGAGGUGUGGAGCCUGAAGGUGGAGCAGGAGGUGGAGAAGAACAAAGCUCUGACCGAAUCCCUGCAGAUUUUGGCCACAGAGCACCACGAACUCAAACAGUCGCAGUGUAAGAACAGGAGGCCAUCCACCCUCAGCACCAUCACCCAGGAUGUCUUCUACGAUGCUGUGUCAGACUCGGAGUCGGAGCUGUCAGUGAGUGGCUUCCUGUCCGUGGCCAGUUGCUCCUUCGAAGAGGACGAGGGGAGAGACGCCCCCCUUCUUCUCCAUCCCAGCGAGCACCGGGGGCCCGCCGGCAUGUCGGGGGAGGGUAACCAUGGCAACGCACCAGCCCAGCACAACGGAGUCAAGAAGCACAGAGACUCGCUGCCGACUCCCAUGUUCUCCAGGAAUGACGUGAGCAUCUGGAGCAUCCUGAAGAAAUGCAUCGGCAUGGAGUUAUCAAAGAUCGCCAUGCCGGUGAUCUUCAACGAGCCGCUGAGCUUCCUGCAGCGACUGUCUGAAUACAUGGAGCACACCUACCUCAUCCACCAGGCCAACGCCGCCACAGACUCCGUGGAGAGGAUGAAGUGCGUCGCAGCGUUCGCUGUGUCGGCUGUGGCCUCGCAGUGGGAACGGACCGGGAAGCCCUUCAACCCUCUGCUAGGGGAAACCUACGAGCUCGUCAGAGACGACCUGGGCUUCAGGUGGGUGUCGGAGCAGGUGAGCCACCACCCUCCAGUCAGUGCCUUUCAUGCCGAGGGCUUCAAGGAGGACUUCGUCUUCCACGGCUCGAUUUACCCCAAACUGAAGUUCUGGGGGAAGAGCAUCGAAGCCGAGCCCAAAGGAAUCAUCACGCUGGAGCUUCCCAAGUUUAACGAAGCCUACACCUGGACCAACCCCACCUGCUGCGUCCACAACAUCAUCGUCGGCCAGCUCUGGAUCGAACAGUACGGCAACGUGGAAGUGAUCAAUCACAAAACCGGAGAGCGAUGCAGCAUGACGUUUAAGCCCUGUGGCCUCUUUGGAAAGGAGCUCCACAAAGUGGAAGGAUACAUCCUAGAUAAAAGCAAAAAGAAGCUGUGUGCGAUCUACGGGAAGUGGACGGAGUGUCUGUACACGGUAGACCCGGCUGCGUUCGACGCCCACAAGAAGAGUGACAAGAAGAAUUCAGACGACAAGAAGGGCAGCAAACAGAGCAGCGUGGACGAGGAGCCGGAGGAAAUGCCCCCGCCGGACGCUGAGACGGUGCAGGUCAUCCCGGGCAGCGAGCUGAUCUGGAAGAUCACCCCUCGACCAGACAACUCGGCCAAGUUCUAUGCGUUCUCCACAUUCGCCAUGCAGCUGAACGAGCUGGAGAAGAGCAUGGAGGGCGUGGUUCCCCCCACAGACAGCCGCCUCCGCCCCGACAUCAGAGCCAUGGAGAACGGAGAUAUAGAUCUGGCGAGCGCAGAGAAGAAAAGACUCGAGGAAAAACAGAGAACGGCCCGGAAGAAUCGCUCUAAAUCCACAGACGAGUGGAAAACGAGAUGGUUCCAACAAGGCCCCAACCCUCACAACAAAGCUCAGGACUGGCUCUACGUGAAGGGCUACUGGGACAGGAAUUACACUCAGCUGCCUGACAUCUACUAACGCGUAGCAACUCGCACAGACACACACAGUUCUCAUCGUGUGUGUGGAGAAAAAAAACACCCCUAAAGCUAUGAAUGAUUCCAAAUCAACUAUAAUCAAUAGUAAAGCACAAAAACCCCUCCUUUUCUUAUUUAUUGUGGCGUUCGGCCACUAAAGUAAGGUAUCAGCAUGUCCUGAAAAACCUAGAAUGUAUCUUAGAAACGUUUGUUACAUCGAUGAAGCGUUGAAACCUCAGUUUUACUGUUAGUCAGUCCUUGACGGGCAGAAGCAGCAGCUCAAACAUUAAAGGUGCAGCAUGUGAUAGUUUAUACCUAAACUAAUCCCUGAUUUCAGCUGUGUGCAUGCUGCGCUGUAGCCACUGGAGUUAACAUGUUAAGCAGGCUGCCUGAAAAAUGAGCUCACUGCUGCCACCUAAUGGAGACACGUGGCAUUAUUUCACCUUUCUGUUUUUCCCUCAAAACAAUUUCAUACAAAUAAGAGAUUUUGGUCUGGAAAUGUUUAAAAUCAGCCACGUUAUUAUAAAUCAGCUGCAGUAGGGGGUGGUAUGGUGGAGUAGUGGGAAGAGCCGUCACCCAUCGUUUGAAUCGGGUUCCUUCAGUUUGGAGUUUGCAUGUUCUCCACUGGUGUAUUUCUGGUGCUGUGGUUUGUUCUUACGACCCAAAAACGUACAUGUAAACUUGAUAACUUUUUUUUUUAUAUAUAUAUAUAUUAUUUUGGUUGUUUUGUUUUUGCUCAUUUUAGAGAGUUUGAGGAAAUUAUUAGAGUAAUUUGUGUUUAUUUUUGUUCUCUUUAUCGAGUCAAAAUUUUUUUUGUCUUUUCUUUGUAGCAGUUUUCAACCUUGGGAGGGGCUUCAUUGUAUUAUUUUCUGGCACUUCAGAAAUGUGAUUAUCAUGGAAGAUCUGAAAGUUAGGAGCCACCGAUUUAAUGCAUCAGUCUUUUUUUUUUGUUCCAUUUUAGUAUUUUCUCCAACACCAAUUGAAACAAAAAUCAGAACUUUAAAAAAGAGCAUUAUAUUCGUUACCAAUCAAUCAGAGGAGAAUAAGUGAAGUUUUGAAUUUAGAAAAUAGACAAAUAUUUCAUGUUAAUUCAUAGAAAUGCAUAUUUGAGAUUUACUGACUUUAGCACGUGUUUGAGGCUGUUUCCUUACAACAAAAAAGGCAAAAACUAACAAACACGUGUGGAAACGUGAGGAUAAUUCGAAGGACUGUGGCAGUAAAACUGUGGUUUGGAACAAUAAAAUGAAUUAUACACUUUGUGCUGUCAAGAAACCAACAGGAAGUCAACCUGGUUCUGCACUCAUAGGUGUGUGUGAGUGUUCUGGGCAUAGAUUAGUAAUCUGAUCCUCUUAAAGCUUUGUGCAUUGAUCUAUCGCUGUAAAUGCAUGUAUAUAACUAUGCAAGUUGAGCGUUGAAGACUUUUCCUCACAGUAGCUGCUCCAUGUAAACAAUUCAAGGGUGUUUUUUUUUU